AUGGAGGAGUGGACUUCGCCUGAUGAUAAAAUAUUCAAGCAACUAAUAAAACCGGGGGUGUUCGGACAAAAGCCUUUCGAGGGCAGCUGUGUUAGAUUAAAUAUAGUCGAUUGUCCGCCACAGAUGACAAAAUUUAAUAAUGUUGAUUUAGUGAUGGGCGAGUUGGAUGGUGCAGUCGGUAGGAUGUUAGACAUCUCCGUCUGCACCAUGCAUUUGAACGAGCAAGCCAAAUUUACUCUCAUAUUGGAUUUGACGCCGAUAAGUGCGAUAAUUGAACUGGUAGAGUUGAAGUUUAAUGGUUUUAUUUUUGAGUGGGGUGCAAAAAAGAAACUGGAUAUGGCACUGGGGCAUAAGAAUAAAGGCGCGGAGUUUUUUGCCGAAAACAACUUGACUGAUGCCGCUCAUCGAUUCAGUAAAGGGUUGAAACUUUUAUGUUCCAUACCAUUGGAUGUGGAAUAUCCUCCUCAAGUGAUAGAUGGGGUCAGUAUCCAGGAGAUCAAUCUGCUAAAAGAGAAAUUAUACAACAAUUUGUCCUCGUGUUAUUUCAAGCAAAAAAUCGAUCAUAUGGUGAUUCCUUUAUGCGAAAAGGUGCUGAGCAUUAAUGGAAAUAACGUAAAAGCUUUAUACAGGAUCGGGGUGGCUUAUAAAAACGAUAAAAAUUAUGAGAAAGCUUAUGAGGCACUGAGAAAAUUGAACCAAUUGGAACCUCAGAAUAAGGCGGGAGCUGAGCAGUUGGCCAAAGUGAAUCUCCGUUUGAAAGAGGCCAAUGUGAGAGUGAAUAAUAUAAUGAAGAAAAUGGUUAUAGAUUCUUUAAAGUGAGUGUCUUUUUUUAGGUUCAGGGAUUAAUUCAUUCAAAGUGAGUUGUGUGGUAUAAUUGACAUUUUUAACGUGUUUGACUUGUAAUGAAUUGAUCUAGAAACUAAUAAAAACUUAUUAGUUUAUAGUAUUCGAUAUUAUCCAUAUUUUUAAUAAUUAAUAUUUGCAUUUUAAUGGUUUAAUCAUAAUUAAGGGCUAGCGCCACUCUAGACUGUGAAAUAAGGGCAAACUUUGCUCCUAUUUUUUUGACAACAUUGAUAAAGGAUUUGGCCUUCUGUUUUCAGAAUUUUAUUAACCACAUGUUAAAGUGUUAAUUUUAUUUUUAAAUUAAUUUCUAUUAUGUCUCCAUAGGAAACGUUUGUUGAAAAUUAUGAGCUAGAAGAAGAAAAUCGAGUUGUGAGACUGGUUCUGUUUUUGAACUUCUUCAAAAUCUCAAUAUUCUGAUUAUCUGAAAGCUUGAACUGUACUUUGGUUCAAAUGGCAUCGGUUAAUUUUUUACUGGUUACAUUUUUAUGAAAAAUAAUUUUUAUCAAAAUUAUCGUUAAAAGAAUAGUAAUUUUUCCAAUGUUAGUAAACUUCUUCAAAAUGUGUACUAUCCAGCUAGUAAAUUUUCACACUUUAAGUGCACAGCUUGACCCCAUACAUUACAAUGAAUAGAGUUAUUUCUAUUCAAUUUCUUUUUGGCAUUGCAUCUUUGCAGAUGAUACAGAAGUUUUCUUCUUCAGAAUCUGAUGAACUUAACAAGAAAAAAAUUAAACUCAAAGUCUCAUAAAUGCAUCAUCUUUGUUGUGUUCCGCGUUUUGCCUUACGACAUCAUCAGACCUAAAUUAAAAAUACAGUAGCGGCCAAAUGUAGAGAAACUUUUAAUUUUUUAAAAAAUUAAUUAAUAGGUUAAAUAAAAAGUUUUAAUUUCAUCACUAAAUCAUUGGGUACCUUAAGUUACUUAUAAUGAUAUAAAAAUAAACACAUUCUUUAACACAUGACGAAAAUACCAAAAUAUUUUUCAUUUUUUUGCGGCCAUAAGUAGAGAAACUUUUUUUCCGAUCAUUCCUAAACAAACAGUUUUUGAAUAAAGAGAAUAAUAUUUUAGUCGUGUGUUAGUAUUAGUCGAGUAAGAUGCCACGAGGUAUUCAUUUGUCAGUUCAGUUAAAAGAACUAAUUAUAAAAAAAUAUCAAGAUGGAUUGAAACAAAAUCAAA